AUGGCAGACCAGACACCACAGGCGUCGAAGCCGACAACGCCGGCCAUCUCAACGCCGACUCCGACUCCCGGGUCGGGGCCCACCAUUUCGUCCUCCGCAUCUACUUCAUCCUCACGGCCAUACGUACCACAGUUCUCGGCCGCUACACAACUCAUCCUUCAGCGCCUGAAGGCCAAAGAGGGAAAGAAUGAUGGCGGCGGGGACAGUUUCAGUUCAGUCGUGUCGUCGACGAAAACGAUAGUGGUCACGGGCGGCGGCAGUCCUACUAUCAAGCUUGAGCCAGAUGCGUUUGAAGACGCGAAGAAGAGGUUGGUGGCAGGUACAGGGUUGAAAACCUCAACUUCCAUGAGCUUAAAGAUGCCCCUGAGCCAGCCGAGCAUGAAGAUGCCAACACCAACACUAGCACCUAAGACGACGACCACAGCCACGAAGAAGAACCUUUCUCUGCCAAGUAGUAGUGUGUCGACGGUAGCCCGUGCUGCUUCGACAACAAACCUCUCACUACCGUUACCACCGCCGCAACCUCCAAAACACAGACCCCUAACCUUCAAAAGCGGCACAACAAGUGCCAUCAAGAACAUCAACAGUGGCCUCACGGCGUCAGGUAAGGUCUCAGUGAUCAAGCCGCCCAAGCCCGCCGCCGCUGCCGCCUCCGAAAAGGAAAGCAAACCCAAAAAGGCCAAGACGUCAACAGGCAACCCAGUCGGCCGUCCCUCCAACUCCAGCAAAGCCGCCGCCACCGCAGCAGCAGCAGCUGCUGCAGAUUCCACCGGCAGCAGCCACAGACGGAAACGCAUAAAGCAGCAUCAAGAUGUCGACGAACUUAGCAGUCUCUCCUCUCUCUCCGAUGUCUCCGAGCCGGAAGAAGCCGGCCCAGCUACACCAUCCGACGCCCAAACCGCCCCCCUCCUAACCAUGACCAAGUCCGGCCGGCAAGUGCUCAAACCCACCACUUACAACCCGGCCACCGUCGACGCCGCCAACAAGAAACACCGCGGCACUAACUCCUCCACGCAUGGCCACUACGGCAAGCAUCGCACAGCCGAGCAAGCCCUCUGCAAGAAAUGCACCCGCUUACACUCGCCCGCUUCGAACCCCAUGGUGUUUUGCGACGGGUGCAACGAAGGGUGGCACCAGCGGUGUCACGACCCCGUUAUCCCAACGGAAGUGAUCCGUGAUCAGACGAAAGGGUGGGUAUGUGCGGUGUGUGUGGGGAAGAGGGGAAGACAUCUAGUAGGAAAAAAGCAACAGAAACGUGAACUAGAGCAGCAGCAGCAGCAGCAGCAGCAGGGACAACCAAAGGCAACCAAAGAAAGUUGGGCCGACAAACCCCCCCAGCAAAAACGUGCUUACCUGUCUACUCUGCCGCCGCAGGAGCUGGUCGGGUUGUUGAUGCUUGCGUUGGAGGUGAAGCCUGAUUUACCUAUUUUCCCUGGUCCUCCUUCUCCACCACCAUCAGCUAAGAUGUCCAACGGGAACGGCCACAAAGGCAAGGGUCUAAAAGACCUGGUUCUUUCCCGAGAAACCAGCCAAGAAAACCAAGGCGGCGAGGGAGAGGAUGAAGAAGAAUACGACCCGCUAGCGGCUCUGUGGCCUAAGCCGGGUAAUGGUCUGUACAGCUUGCUGCCCUUCGAUGUGGAUGAUGAUGAGUAUCUGGUGGACAGCGGCGAUUUUGAGGCGUUCAGCUCCAUUAUGUAUGAUGACAGGGGGAGGAAGGUACUGGAGAAUGGCUUGAGGGUGUAG